AGCAAAUGCGCAAAAUGUUAGCGAAUAUAUGCUACUCAAAGUAAAUAUGCAGCUUUUAAAAGAAAUGUGUCUGAUAUAACGUAUUUAGUCAUUGAAAUUGCGGCUGUUGAGCAAGAAGAAAACAGUAUUUUGAGAAAAGAACUCCAUCAUGGGCAGCGGAACGUUCCAAGCUCUCAGGGAACAUGGUCGGCCAACGUACUAUGCCGAAAAUCGUUGGCCUGUCACGGCAGACACAGUUGUUUAUGGCAUUUUGUAUGGAUUUUUGGCAAUUGCAUUCUCAUUUUACGUUAUAAUCAUUGGCAUUAGAGGAAAAGAGCAACUGUACGUCUUUAUACGAGUGACGAUUAGUCUGUUCAUUGGAGCUGUAAUUCUAAUUUGCAACUUUGGUUACGGCUGGGAAUACGGCUCUGUGAAGGCGGUUGUGCAGUACAAGUCUUUCAUCAAUGAAAAUGCGCAUGCGCACAUUGGUCUGAAAGUUGGCCUACGCGGCAUCAACGUCACAUUGAAAGGUUUGCCAGUGAAUCAGCUGAACGAAACCAUCAACUACAACGAGCGCUUUUCAUGGGAAUGGGCUCAGGGCCGGCCUGGCUUCGGAAAAGACGGUGAGUCACCCCAGUUCAAUAUUCUGCGUGAUUGA